AUGAAUAAGCUAAAUCAUGACGGUUUAUUAACAUUGGAACAACCUUUUGUUAAGGUACCUUUAGAACAGCUAAAAAAAACUUUAAGAACUUCUCAAAAAGAUAUUGAAAAGGAAUUAUCCAGAGUAACACAGACUGUUAAUGACUUGGCAGUUAAAUCUACUAAAGAAGGAGUUAAUUUCUUUGAAACAGCGAAUACCAUUGAAAACAUGGUUGGAAGAUUGAAUACUUUAAAACGUAAACUUAAUGACUCAAAAGCUGAAGGAGCAAUAUAUCUAUCUAGAAGUAAACAAAGACUUGCUCAUUUGAACGAAUUGACAAGAAUUACAAAUCCUGGCUCAGAAGAUUACACCAGAUGGAGCAGAGUAAGGUUGGAUAGAAUACUUGUGGACUAUAUGUUGAGAGAGGGUUUUAGUAAAACUGCGGGUCAAUUAGCUAAAGAUGAAUCAAUAGAGCCUUUUGUUGAUAUUGAAUUAUUCACCCAGACACGUCGUGUUGAACAAGCAUUACAACAAUAUAGUUGUACCGAAGCACUUGAUUGGUGUAAUUUAAACAAAACGAACUUGCGUAAAAUGCAGAGCACUCUUGAAUUUAAUCUUCGAUUACAAGAGUUUAUAGAAUUAGUCCGAGCAAAUAAAAAAUCUGAUGCUAUUGCAUAUUCACGCAAGUAUCUCACUGCAUGGUCAGAUAUGCAUAUAAAAGAAAUUCAGCAAGCAAUGUGUUUACUCGCAUUUCCCUCAUCCACUUUUUGUCCACCUUAUAAGAAAUUGUAUGAUGAAUCGCGUUGGGACGCGCUCAUAACUCAAUUUCGUGCUGAUAAUUUUGCUUUGAAUUCUCUUACAUCACAACCUCUUUUGAAUGUAACCCUUCAAGCAGGAUUAUCAGCACUUAAAACGCCCAUGUGUUAUCAAACAGAAAACAGAAACAUAAAUUGUCCUGUGUGCACACCGGAAACAUUAGGUCCUUUAGCACAAAGUCUUCCAUUAAGUCAUCAUGUGAAUUCUACAAUUGUUUGUCGAUUAAGUGGUGAAAUAAUGGAUGAAAAUAAUCCUCCGAUGACUCUUCCAAAUGGAUACGUUUAUUCACUAAAGGCAUUAACGGAGAUGGCUUCUAAAAACAAUGGCAAAAUUACAUGUCCUCGUACGGGAGUUGUUUUCAAUCUAAGUGAAAUAAAGAAAGUUUUUAUCUCAUAA